UUGAACUAAGGCAGUUAAAAAGCAAAAAGUGUAUAAUAUAAAAAGAGGUUAGGUAUUUAACCACCGAAUGGACACACUUUUUUUUUAAGCGCACGCUACCGCUUGUCCUACGCGCCACGCGGGGAUCGAACUCGCGACGCCUCGCGCACCAUACAUAGUUUUCUCGUGGCGACUAUCCGUGCAGUUUAGUUUUAUAUGUAACUACCAAGUUAUAGGUAUUAAAAGCAUUGCCUUACAAAUGAAAGUAUCUUAUACGCAUAAAUCUAUAUAAACCGGAAGGGCAACACGAAUUUUUGAUUAUAACUACUACCACAACACAUAAUUGAAUAAAAACAAAUAAUAAUUCAAUUAAUGAUGAGUAAGUAUAAGCCGGUAAGUUGAUUGCUUGUGAGUUGAGUGACAAAACAAAUUAAAGUACAUUACAAAAUUAUAAAGCUACUGUCCAUUCAAGUGAAACACUUAGGUAUGACAUAUACAAAACAUAAUUUUACACAAUUGAUACACUCGAGGAUAAACACGGAAGCAAGGAUGACUAAGCCAAUAAUGAUAAAAAAACCGGCCAAGUGCGAGUCGGCCUCGUGACACUCGCGGUUCAGUACAAAUAUGCUUAAGAUAAACAAAUUGAUCGGGUGAGAGACAAAAUUGUGGGAACCCUCCAUUUUAUUUGCCGUUAUUUUUAGUAUUUUUGCUAUAGUGGCAAAUGUCAUAGCGAUUUUGAAAACUUCAAUUGUUUAGCCAUCACGGUUCAUAAGGUACAGAAUGGUAACAGACCGCUAGACAGACAGUAGAGGCUCAGUAAUAGGGUUCAGUUUCUAUCCUUUUGGUUUAAGCUUUAAAUGAUGCAUACUCGAUGCAUGAUGCUGACCCUGUCUUUUUAGAUCAUCGAAAAUGUAAAACUCUUGCCAAAUGUAUUCAAUGUCCCAAAUAACCUCAUCAAAAACUGCUCGGGCUAUCCCUAGAAAACGUAAUUGUAAACCGUCAAAUUGUAACAUUUAAUUAAUUCCUAAAUAUAUUUUAAUUUUCAACAGAACGAGAAAGCAACAAGGAAGGAAAUUUCCAUUUACAAGUUACGCAAUUUGUUGACACAUUUGUCAUUUUCAUUAAAAGAGUUGAAGGUAUUACAUUAUUAAACACUCCACACCCAUGAACUGAUGUCGAUGAUAACGUAUGAGUAAAUUGACUCACAUAUCCAAUUAAGGUGAUAGUCCCAAGUGCUAAUGAAAUUAAUGUAUACAAUGGAGUAGCGAAGCAUGAAGCUCCCGAACCAUUUACCAGUCACGCUCCACACGGACCAAACAUGAAAGUCAAUUUGAAGAAACAAGUGAUUAAGGACACUUUUUACACCACUGAACCAAUCAAUUGGCUUCUGGACGUGUUCAAUCUAGCAAGUGUGCGUCGAAAGGAAAACAAAAUCGUAGUAACAUGGUCUUUGAUGAGAAGCAUCGUGUACGUCGUCUGUUUUGGGAUCGUCAAUUUCUACUUCUUAUUCAUAAAGAUAAACACAUUGGUCGGUAUCAAAAGGAAAACGGUCGUCCAGUUCAGUGAUUCCAUUCAGAUGAUCUAUUUGUUUGGAUAUGCGAUGCACAUUAUGGAUUUGCAACAACUUUACAAACACGGGAGGUCAAAGUAUUUGAAGUACUAUGAAAUUUUCGAUUCCAUUGACAAGAUUUUGGGCAUGAAGAAUUAUGAUGUGAUUCGUAAAAUGGUUUUGAGUCUUACUUUGAUCUUUUCUCUCGUUACUUUUUUUAUUUGUAUAUUUGAUUACUUCGCUUGGGUUGAAGGCUAUGGCUACGUCUCUCCAACCCUCUAUACCUUAGAUUACUUCUAUUUUUUUCUUAACAUGCUCACGCUGUUUGAUGCUGCAGCUCAUUCUGUGCAGCUAAAAUACCGUCUGAAAACGAUGAGAAAACUUUUAGAGGACUACUAUACUUCGAAUGGCAUCAAGUGUGUGGAUGAUGACCAGCUCUUGACCGUCCACUCCACUAAGCAGGUUGAUCGUUUGGCAACCCUUCAAAGUGUGAAUAACUACCGUUAUAUUGAAGACAUAGACUUCACUCAUUGUUACCUUUUGUUACUUGAACAAACAAAAUUUAUCAACAAAAUGUUUGGUUUUCGGGUAAGUCUUAUUAUUUUUUUCUUCCUUCGCCAGAUCACUCCGUUAGGUGCAGUCUACAUGCCGGCUGUGUCGAGUAUGAUGAGGUUCCUGAACUGGGCAAUUGUAUGUAUUAUCGUUGCUCAUCAUGCUGAGAUAACUUAUAGGGAACACGAGAAAGUGCUGGAAAUAAUCGACCAAAUAUUGUACAAUAGAAAUAACUCAAAUAAACUGAGGAUGACACUAGCAGAGCUUCGCAACCUAAUAGUGACGAGACCUAUAAAGUACCACGCCGCAUUCUUCUUCACAAUAGACUACACUGUAUUAGUAUCCAUGGCAUCGGUUGUUGUAACGUAUACCAUCAUUAUGCUUCAGAGUAUGCAGUAAUGAUAUAUUA